CGCAUUGUAUUACAAAUAUCUCAUUUCACCAAUGCACACAAUAGUAAGAGAAAACAUUAACUUUCUUUCCAAAAAUUUAUUUUCUCUAAGGUUUUUCAUCAUGGAACUUUCACUUUCUUCCAUCCAAACUCUAGUUAAGGACAUCGAGGAAGAGAUGUUCUUAAACAUCGAUUCUUACUCAUUUGUUUCUCCUUCUGCGUAUGACACUGCAUGGCUAGCCAUGGUUCGAGAUCCUCAGGAACCAGAGGGUGCUUGGAUUGGGUACUGGGGAGAGUGUGAUGGCCACGGCAUGCCUACCAUCGAGUCUCUUCCAGCAACUCUUGCAUGUGUAGUUGCACUCAAGAAGUGGAACGUUGGGACAAAGGAAGUAGAAAGAGCUAUUCCUCCGCUUCCUUGUGCACCAGAUGUUGCAUUUCUGUUUCGGAAUUUAUAUUUAGUAAAGGCUGAGGAUGGUUGUAAACUUGCAUCAAUAGUCAAUUCUAUUGGUCUUGAAGCAUUCGUUAAAGACGCUAUGGACUGUUCGAUCACCUUUAAACUUUGUCUUGUUUUUUCCAUCUCCUGCGCAAGUUUCUCCAUUUGCGACGCGACGGACAAAACUCCUAAUGUAGCCUUGUUUGCAGUUCUCCUUGAGUUCGCUCUUGUGGAAGAGAAUUGCUUGUUUCUUCGCUAUUUCCCUGAUUUUGAAGAUCUUUGAGUGAUGGCAAUGAAUUUUUCAGAUUUGC